CAAUUCUCAGUUGCUAUUUCAUUCCCCCAUGAACAACUUACGUAUAUUAUUGGGUUAUUUUCUUCUUCGAGGAUGUCACAAAACAAGCAACAAAAUUAUUAAUUGUUAAUUACCCAUUAAAGAAAAGACCAAGAUCCGAGAAAUGAGCAAGAAGGAAGAAGACAAACACCUAGAUUGACCAACAUGUUUACCCGUGAAACCACUUCGUUGCGUCCAACGAAUCUGUCUGAUAUGAUUAGCCAUCGCCGAAUUUAACGAGUAGGUCAAUCCUCCACCGCCAUCUCUUCCAAUCUCGACCUCUUUCAGCGCGAUUGAUCCAAAGCCACGCAAAAAUCCCCAAAGGGCAAGGCAAAGGCGAGAGCUUUCUCUCCUCUAACUACGAUGUCGGGCGAGGAUAGCAGCGCGAAGGAGAGACUGGAGGCGGGAGAAGAGAGAGUUACAUGGAGAGAUCUGAGGGACGGAGCUCUGCUGGAAGAAAUCAAGAGGGUUGGUCGCUUGGCGGCUCCCAUGGCUGCGGUGGUUGUUUUGCAGUACGCGUUGCAGAUCAUUUCAAUGGCGAUGGUUGGUCAUCUGGGUCAACUCUCUCUCUCCAGCACCUCCCUCGCCACCUCCUUCUGCAACGUCACCGGCCUUAGCUUCAUCAUAGGAAUGUCAUGUGCAUUAGAUACUCUGAGUGGCCAAGCAUAUGGGGCUAAGCUAUACAGGAAACUCGGCAUUCAGACAUACACUGCAAUGUUCUGUCUCGCCUUAGUGUGUAUCCCUUUGUCUCUCAUAUGGGUCAACAUCUCAAAGCUUCUAGUUUUGGUUGGCCAAGACCCCUUGAUUUCACACGAAGCCGGUAGAUAUGCAACUUGCCUCAUCCCCGCCCUGUUUGCUUACGCCGUUCUUCAGCCGCUCACUCGUUACUUUCAGAACCAGAGCUUGAUCAGGCCUCUGCUCAUCUCCUCGUUCAUUGCCCUGUGUGUCCACGUUCCUCUUUGCUGGCUUUUGGUUUACAAGUCCGGGCUUCGAAAUCUUGGAGGAGCUGUUGCCUUCAGUCUGUCCAUCUGGGUGAAUGUCAUUAUUCUUGGAUCAUUCAUGAGGUACUCCUCCGCCUGUUCUGCAACACGUGCCAAGCUAUCCAUGGAGAUAUUCCAUGGCAUAGGGGAGUUCUUCAGAUAUGCUUUCGCUUCUGCGGCAAUGGUUUGCCUAGAGUGGUGGUCAUAUGAAUUCCUGAUACUAUUCUCGGGUCUUUUACCGAAUCCACAACUGGAAACUUCUGUGCUGUCUAUCUGUCUUCAGACAGUUUCAUCGAUCUACUCAUUGCCGCUUGCAAUUGGUGCUGCGGGAAGCACACGAGUAUCAAAUGAAUUAGGUGCAGGGAACUCUCGAGCAGCGCAUAUCGCAGUUUAUGCCGCAAUGUCUCUCGCAGUGAUUGAGACGCUCGUUGUGAGUACAUCCCUCUUCUUCGGCAGGCACAUCUUUGGCUAUGUUUUCAGCAACGAGAAGGCAACAGUCGAUUAUGUCGCAACUUUGGCUCCUCUUGUCUCUAUUUCUCUCAUAUUGGAUGGCUUGCAAGGGGUUCUCUCAGGUAUUGCGAGGGGAUGUGGAUGGCAACAUAUAGGGGCAUAUAUCAAUCUAGGAGCUUUCUAUCUCUUGGGAAUUCCCCUUGCUGCAGUUUUAGCCUUCUGGUUACAUCUGAAAGGCGUUGGCCUUUGGGUUGGAAUACAGAGCGGUGCGCUUCUGCAAACGGUUCUGCUCGCCGUCGUCACUGGCUGCACCAGUUGGGAAGAUCAGGUCCGUGAGGCAAGGAAGAGAAUGUCUCUGGGGAACCCACAGGCCGAGGAAGAACAGCUACUGAGCCGAAACUGAGUUUCUUGUUUCAGGCGGUUCAUUCCAAUGUCUUGCCCGUUAUUUAUAGCAUGUUGUCACACUCCGUUGCCUCCUUUUUGUAGCCGUGAACGUUUUUUGCUAAUAAAUGAAGAUUGAUGUCAAUC